UGAGACUCAGGUUGGAGUGUGUGAGACUCAGGUUGGAGUGUGUGAGGUCAGGAACAAUCAGUUGACAGUGUGUGUGUGAGGAACUAUUUAGUAAAGAUGGUUUCCCAGGGGAUCCAGAUCAUGGGAAAAGUAAUGUUGUUGAUCAGCUGUUUGACGCUCAUCAUCGUGUGUGCCCUGCCUAUGUGGAAGGUCACAGCCUUCAUCGGAGCCAACAUUGUCACAGCACAAACCAUCUGGGAGGGAAUGUGGAUGAUCUGUGUGGUGCAGACCACGGGCCAGACGCAGUGUAAGGUCUACGACUCCAUUCUGGCACUACCCCAGGACCUCCAGGCCGCCAGAGCCAUGAUCAUCAUCUCCAUCCUGACCAGUAUCGUCGGCAUCUGCCUGUCGAUCACUGGAGGGAAAUGCACCAACUGCACAACAGAGGAGGGAUCUCAACGUCAACAGUGAAGAGGCGAUUCCAGGAUGCUGACCUUCUAGGCAGAGUUCCUCUGUCCAGUGUCUGUGUUCUUUUUCCCCAUCUUAAUCUUUUAUUUUUAUUGGCCAGUCUGAGAUACGGCUUUUUCUUUGCAGCUCUGCCUUGAAGGCCAGUAUCCCGGAGUUGCCUCUUCACUGUUGACGUUGAGACUGGUG